CCCUGAGCCCAGCUCUGUUGGAGGUUUCAGUCUUUCUAUUCAUUAUAUCUAGAAGAGCUGUGAACAAACCCCUAUGAAACGUAAAGCUCAUUUUAUCCACAUAUAUCUUACCUAUUUGUUUGGGCAAAGUAAUAAAGAUAAUCUUACAAUAUAACGCAAUGCAAUGGAAAAAAACAUCACAAACUAAGGCAAAUUUUUUAAGUAAAUCUCUGAGAAAAUGUGGACAAACAAAAACAAAACGGGGCGAACUGAUCCUUUACAUGCCUGUAAGACAGCACUGCGGGCCGCACUCUGCAACUAAAAUGAUGGGAUGGAUGACAUUGCGGAAGGGCUAUUAGCGUAUCCUGACCCCACCCCUUCACAACAACACAACCGGGAGUCAGGAAAAGGUUGAUCCUCACCGGGACCGGGGGGCAACAGGCGGACGAGAAGCCACCGGAGGUCAGAGGACACUCCGCCGCAGAGAUGGCCCAGGCGAAUAUCUCGGUGACGGAGAGCCAGUUCAGGUGUCCCAUCUGCCUGGACAUCCUGAAGGACCCGGUGUCCAUCCCCUGCGGACACACUUACUGCAUGGCGUGCAUCAACAACUACUGGGACCAGGCGGAGUCGGGUCAGUUCAGCUGCCCCCAGUGCCGGGAGACGUUCAGCCCUCGGCCGGUUCUGCGGAGGAACACGGUGCUCGCCGAGGUCGUCGACAAACUCAAGCUGACGGAGAUGGUCACGGCGCCGGAGCUUUACACGGUGGGAGUCGGGGAAGUUCCGUGCGACUUCUGCCCGGCGGAGAGCAAGCUGAGGGCGGUCAAGUCGUGCCUGGUCUGCCUGGCGUCCUUCUGCGAGCUCCACGUCCUGCCGCACCGGGAGGUCGGCACGCUGCGGCGGCACAAGCUGGUGGCCGCGGUGGAGUGCCCGGCGGAGCGGCUGUGCGCUCAGCACCGCCUGGGUCUGGAGCCCGCGGGGAGCGGCUCCGAAGCUGAGGCCGCGGUGGAGUGGAGCGGGGACUGCCUGCUGUGCGAGGCUGACCAGGAGGAAGUGCACAAUGUGGACGCACAGAGAGCCAGGAGACAGCUGCAGCUCCAGGAGGCUCAGAGGAUGUUUCAGGGGAGGAUUCGGAUCGGAGAGAGAGAGAUAGAGGAGUUUCAACAAAGCUUAGAGUCCCUCAAGGUGUCAGCGUCGGCUGUUCUGGAGGACAGUGAAGCUCUGUUUGCAGACAUGGCGCUCCGCCUGGAGAAGACCAAGGCAGAGGUUCGAGCGAGGCUGGAGGCGAAGGAGCGAGCGGUGGUGGGGAGGGCAGAGCGCGACGUAGAGACGCUGGAGAAGGAUUUGGAAGAGCUGAGGAGGAGAGAUGAGGAGAUCAGUCAGCUGCUGCAAACCGAAGACAACACACAUUUCUUACAGGCGGCUCCGCUGCUGUGCGUCCCGCUCACCGCUGGUCGGCACUCCCGAGCCCUCGGCCUGCCCACAGAGGCCUUCAGCGGCGCCAGGAGAGCGCUGUGCCACCUGCGCAGCCGGGUGGAGGAGGUCUGCAGGGAGGAGGUGGACAAGAUUAGCCGCGCAGUUAAUGAGAACUACGUGUCUGGGGGAGAGUGUGUAAAAGGUGGCAGAAAUCUGAGUGUGGAGAACACCAAACCUCAGCAAAUGCAACCAACUGCAGGGCAACAUACCGCUAGGGCAGUGCCGCUGUCAUUCCCUCUGUCCUCUUUGUCUCUGCAGCCGGCUGAUCAGAGGAUGAGGGCAGCUUUCCUCAGGUUUUCGUGUCGUCUGUCCUUGGAUCCUGAUACAGCCCACCCUACUCUGAUUCUCCUGGAGGGUCCCCAGGGCGCCCACUGUGGCGAGGAGCCCCAGUCUUACCCCCCUCACCACCAGCGCUUUGAUUCAGUGGCUCAGGUCCUGUGCAGGGAGGGCCAGUUUGGUGGUGCCAGCUACUGGGAGGUGGAGUGGAGGGGAGGGGGAUGGAUCGACAUCGGCGUCACCUAUCGUGGUAUCGGACGCAAAGGUGGUGGAAAACCCUGCCUGCUGGGACGCAACGAGAACUCCUGGCGGCUGAGGUGCACUCACGCUGGAUACGCCGCCUGGCACGACAACCGUAAGACCACGGUGGCGGCGCCGCCCUGCCCCAGGAUCGGCGUGUUCCUGGAUCGCCAGAAAGGAGCGUUAUCCUUCUACAGCGUUUCGGACGCAAUGGUGCUGCUGCACACGUUUCGUUGCCUGUUCUCUCAGCCGCUGUACCCGGCCUUCCGCCUGGACCUGGACUCCACCCUGCUCAUCUGCCCCAACGAGGGAGGCAACGGAAACCCAGCCUAACCUUCCUUCCCUCCCUCCCUCCUCCACCAGCAGCCUUCAUUUAACUACUGCAGGAAAGGGCUGUUCACUCCGCUUAUGGAUCAGGACAUUAAAAAUAAAGGUUGCUGGUGCAGAAGCAGAAGCAGAAACGUCAGGGGGAGUAGCAUCACAGUCAGGAAUCAAACCGUCUUCUCUUUCCAUACAUGUCUUUUUGCAUAGUCCCUCCAUCUCUCUGAGUCUGUGGUGAAAAAAACACAUUUGACCUCAUCAGUUUUUUAUUUUUUUUUAUUCCCUUUAAUUGUUGCAUCAGGUGGGAUUUAUUUCACAGCAUGGCUUCUUCGCAUUGUACAUUAUGACUUGUCGUAGAAGGAAAAGCCCAGGUAUUAACAAUGACAUUUACAAAGGCUCCGUUCUGUUUAGGUGUCCCAGUAAGCCAUGACGGUGUGACAGUGAUUGAAGUAGGCGAACGGUAACUACAGCACAGUGACUGUACAUGUAUGUUGUAUUUUGUUCCUUGAUUAAGAUUUGAAACUACCCAAAUGUAGAUUGAUUCAGUUUAUAGAGAAACCAGCGUUGCACUGUUUACACCUGUGCUUUUCCAGCUGUGACAUGUUAAAGUGUCUUCUGUGAAAAAGGCCUAAUCAACACAGACUUGCUGAAAACCAUCCACUUUAAAGGUAUGACACUAGAAAGUAUUCACCCACUAUUUGCAUUGUUUUUCUUUGUGGUAAAAAAAAAAACAACUAGUUGUGUAAAUUUAUGGGAAAUGUUUUGUAUCAGAGGGUGGAUUUUUAUUUUAUUUAACUCCCAACAAUGACAGGCGGAAUAUUUAGCUCCUGUGACUACUUGAAUUACCCACAGCAAGAAAUUUCUUUCUGCAUCGCUCCCUCAGUUCUCAUCAUGAAAAUGUUACCUGCAAAAGAGACCUGCAGAUUUAGAGAAAUCAAAUGCCAUAUUGUAGUGAAUGUUUUGCUUUGGGUAAUGUGUGCCUUCUUUUUUUUUUUUUUUGUGAGGCCAUUUGAGGUAAUUUUCUUUUAUGUGUGUUUUUGUGCACAACACAUUGCAGGUCUAUUUUAAUAGUAGAAUAUCAUGAAUGAAAUGGAGAUAUGACGAUUGAUAUGGCACAUAAACUAGCAGCUUAGCUUAGCACAAAGACUGGAAGCAGAAGGAAAUGGCUUGGCCUGGCUAUCAUUAUAUUAUCAUAUAUAUAUAUAUAUAUAUAUAUAUAUAUAUAUAUAUGUCAGCAUAUAACUCAUAUUCAUUCACAAUAUAAAGUGAUGUUUGAAAAGGACACACUAUAACUUCCAUUGUUCUCUGCACUGUGCUAACGCUGAUUCAGGGAAGCCACUAUGAAUUGGCAAUAAAUAAUAAAUAAUAUAUAUUUAUGUUUAUACUAUAAUAUAUAAAUGUAACACUGGUUAAUUAUGUUUGAGUGGGGGAAUAUCACAGAAAUGUACUUUGCAUGCUUCCAAAUCCAAUCCAAUUAUAUCCGAUCAUAUCUAAUCAAGUCAAAUCCUGUUGUUACCUCAUAUGUGUUCAAUCGUAUCAGAUGGGUAUUACAUGUGAGGAAACAUAUCAGACCAAGGACUUGAGUUUCCACUGACUCCUGUUUCCCUCAGGACGCAGUUUGAUUGUAGCAUGACCAGGGACGAGGAUGCGCUCAACGAGUGACCUCGUCCUCCAUCUGAAUGUACGCCAUACUCCAGCCACAGCUUUUCUCGGAUAAUAGCAUUAUUUUUCAUUGAGGCUCUUUUUUUUUUUUUUUGAAUGGUGCUAUUCCAGAGGACUGUGAUCAUGUGACCGAGCACUGUGUGAGGCCAGCAAUUAUAUGAAUCCAAAGACACAGCAGUGAUUGCACAGUUAUAUAUAAUCUAUCAACUUUAACUACAUAUUUUUCGCGGCACGUUCAAAAAUAAUCUACGAGCUUCAUCAAAACAAUACGAACAGAAACACCUAUUGUAUUACACAUAUUAUUACAGAAAAUUCAAAAUGUAUUACAGCCAUGCUAAACAUCAACAUGGGAGCUACAGUUCCACACAAGCAGGUCUAGAAAAUUAUAUUCCUGAAUUUGCCAACAUGAUUUUUCUUAUCUGGCAGGUCGAUCCAAAGUAAGGAACAUUUUUUUUUUUUUUUUGCCAUGAAGUGCAUUAUUCCACAAGCUGUACCAUGAAAAUAUUUUUCAUCUCCUUGUAGCAUUUUCACUUCCUGUUUACGCUGUUGUUCUUUAAUGUGACUGUAAGAUAUGUUGUAUUUGUCUUGAGUGUUGCUUUUUCCAAAAUGAGUUCAUUCAACCGUGGCUCGCAAUAAACUGAUCCAGGUCUGAAUUGGUA